GAAUUAAACAAGGCCUUGCCACAUCACCUUUUUGCUGAGUUAACAGUAUAUUUAAUAGAGAUAGAAACUAUUAAUACUGCCCUAACGAAUCAUACACGCCACUAAUCCUGUCCACGCAAAUAGUCUUCCAAAUGCAGUAUAGUCGUAUCUUUCCUACUGCAGCAUAGUACAAGUUUGCUUUUUGCUAGGCGCUAGCAGUAGCAGUAGCAGUAGCAGGCAAGGCAGCCGCGCCGCGCGCUGCCCAUCGCCAUGGCUACACCUACACACCUCCACCGGCUGCUGCUGCUGCUGCUGCUCUUCCUCGCUUCCGUCCUCCUCUUGCGCUGCGCCACGUCGCCGCUCCCCAACGCCGGCGUCACCACCUUGGACCACCGCCCUGGCGUGUACCCUGUCGUGCUGCUGCCGGGCAACCCCUGCAGCCAGCUCGAGGCGCGCCUCACGGGCGAGUACCGACCGCCGCCGGAGUCGCCUCAAUGCGGCGCUGGCAGCAACGAGCGCGGCCGGUGGUUCCGGCUGUGGAGGAACGCCACGGCGAUGGACGACCCCGGCGUCGCGCCGUGCCUCGCCGACCAGCUCCGCCUCGUCUACGACCCCGCCGCCCGCGACUUCCGCGACGUGCCGGGCGUGCAGACCCGUGUUCUCGGGCGCUUCGGCUCCACCACCAGCUUCCUCGCCGACACUGAAGCCAACAAGCUCGUCGAGGCGCUGCAGCAGGCCGGGUACCGCGACGGCGAGACGCUGUUCGGCGCGCCGUACGACUUCCGGCAAGCUCCCGCCGCGCCGGGGCAGCCUUGCCGAGCCUUCUCACGGUUCACCCGGCGGUUCAGGGCGCUCGUGGAGCGCGCGAGCAGGGUGAACGGCGGCAGGCCGGUCGUCGUCGUGUCGCACAGCCAGGGCGGCUACUUGGCGCUGGAGUUCCUGAAACGGAGCCCGCUGCCGUGGCGCCGGAGGUACGUCAGGCGCUAUGUCAUGGCGUCCACGGGCGCCGGCGGGUUCCUGUCGGUCAUGAGCCAGCUCGCCUCCACGCCAGGCGUCGCGCUGAGCGCCGCCAGCGCGUUCACGGCGCUGCCGUCGCCGGUGGUGUUCGGCCCCGGCACGCCGCCGCUGGUCGUCACGCGGGACAGGAACUACACGGCGAGCGACAUGUCGGAGUUCCUGGCGGCGAUCGGGGUGCCCCCGCUCGGGGUGACGCUGUACGAGACGCGGGCGCUGCCCGUUCAGCUCGGCUUCCGGGCGCCGGUGGUGCCGACGACCUGCAUCAACGGCGUCGGCGUGCCCACGACGAAGCAGCUGGUUUACUGGGACGGCAACUUCAGUGAGACGCCGCAGGUGGUGUACGGCGACGGCGACGGAUUGUUACCCUUGGCGAGCAUAGUGGCGCUCGACACGGUGAUCGGCGGUGACACGAGGCAGGAGUACUACAAGUCUAUCAAGCUUGCUGGCACCUCUCACGCCGGCGUCGUCUCAGAUGCUGCGGCUUUGAAACGUAUCGUCGAUGAGAUUUUUUGGAGUACUCCUGUGUGAUUAAGUGUGUCACUGUGUCACCCUGUUUGACAGUAAAAAUCGAUUUGUAAGUACUGCUUCCGUCCGAGAAGAGAAUGGCACUUUAGAUCUGGAGUAAACCAAACUUUCUAAGAAUUAGUACCGUGUUGUAUGCUCCGUUCGUGCUAAAAAGAAUGCAAUUCUAGCUAAAA